ACGUACUUUUGAAUCUGUCAACAUUAAUGGCAGCGUAGAGUAUAGUUUUUGUGUUCGUAUUUUUAUGCAUUUUGUGAAAAAACUGCAAUGUUACAGUGUUAAUUAUUUUCUUGAGUAGAACGAGAAGAUCGUUCUGAGUAUAAGAAGAUGUGGAUACCUUUAAAAUCUCCGAAAUUGGGUGUCGGAGUUUACAAUUGGAAAGGAGAUGUUCGAUCAGGUUUGCCAAUUGAAAUUGGUGAGACUGUCCAAAUCCUUGAAGAAAAUGGAGCUUGGUACAGAGGAUUCAGUACAAAAAACAGAUCAGCAUGGGGUAUUUUCCCAGGCAGUGUUGUGUCCAUCAGACCCUGCACGGUCAAAGGUACAGGAGCCACAGCCAUUGCGGAGUUGAAGGAUGACCCAUUGGUGAGGGAGAUAGCCUGUGUACUCAGAGAAUGGACCAGGUUAUGGAAAAAGCUUUAUGUGGAGCGCGAAACCUAUCGGUUCAGCGCAGUCGCGAAGGUGAUGAGAGAGUUGUUGAGCGGUCGACGAACCCUGCUCGCGGGCACUCUCACACAGGACCAGACGAGGGCGCUGCGGCUCAAACUGGUCGCCAAACUGGACUGGGGGAAUCGUAAACUUGGCUUGGAGUUGGUUCCACGACGCGGCGCGACAGCUGUGGACCCUGAAGAGAUCAGUCUCGUUGAGUUGUACAGGGUGCACCAAGAAAGUGCUGAAAGGGCAGCAGCGUGGCGCGGCACACUACGACGCGCGGGCGGUUCAGGCAGUAGCUUCAACUCAGGCACCCUCACAAAUGGCGGAUCACCCACGAGUUCCGGCUCCCAGUCCUACCACCUCAUGUGCAGCAUGCGGGACUUCGGUCACACGGCCGGGGGGGACGAAGCCGAGUUACUCCUGUGGCUACAUGACGCGAGAAGAGCGCAGCCGUUGUCGGAAAGGUUCAGAGUGCGGAUAGCGAGGGAUGGAUUCUCAAAUUAUGUGGAUAGAUUGCACGCAAAUAGCACUCUCUUUGCUGACCUUUCAACGACAGAUCUCUCCCGCGAGCUAUGGCUGGUCGCGUGGGUGAUACGGGUAGGUCGAUGGUCAGGGGCGGGCAGCAGCGGCAGUGGCACUGGUGAGAGGAGGGGGCCAGUGGCCAGGCGACCUUUGGGGGCUGGUGUGCUGCCCUUGGCCGAAGUCCUUAGGCAACCCGGGCCGCAUUCUACAGAGAAGGAGUACACGUUUAAAGUAUACCAAUGCGAAGAGAAAGAUUUUCAUCAGUUACACGAUAUGUUGAUUAGAAAACAGACGAACAAAUGCAAUAUAUUACCAGGACAGCCUAAUUAUGGUAUCGUAGUAGCGUUACGUUUGGUAACCCAUUCGGGUAGUAUAACAGAGGCUGUGUCCACCGGCGCCACGAUCACGGCCAAACGGGGUUUCCCCGACAUCAUAAUGCCGGGCGAUGUGCGAAAUGACCUAUAUCUGACGUUGGAGAAAGCGGAGUUCGAGAGGGGCGGCAAAAGUACCGCCAAAAAUGUCCUCGCGACUGUCAGCGUUCACGAUAAUACCGGCCAGAUUAUUAGCGAAUGCGUGUGGGGCGCGAGCGGCGCCGCGUCCACGACAUACGAAUCCCUCGUGCUGUACCACAACAACAGCCCGGCCUGGGCCGACCAGCUGCGGCUCACCGUGCCGCUCGACACCUUCACGCAUGCGCACGUGCGCCUCGAGUUCCGGCACUGCUCUACACGCGACAAGAACGAGAGGAAGCUGUUCGGCUUCUCUUUCGCACGUCUGAUGGAGCCGAGUGGAGCGACGCUGAGCGACGGCGCGCACGAACUUUACGUCUACAAAUGUGACGACCCUACCAAAUUGACAACUGCAUCUUACUUAUCGUUGCCAUCGCACGCCAAUGACGCAUCGAGGCCUGCGUCAGUCAACGGCGCGGUGGCGUCUUUCCAAAGAAGCUCCAAAGAAAACUGUGUCAUUAGCACUUUGUUAUGUUCUACUAAACUCACACAAAAUGAGGACCUCCUAGCAUUGCUGCAAUGGCGCGCGCAUCCGGAAAAAGUACAAGAAACUCUACUCCGCGUGUUGCGGUUGGGCGACGGGCUCAGUUGUGAAGAACUCAUCAAAUUUUUACGAGAUGUAUUGGACGCACUCUUUGCUUUAUUCUCCACUGAAGACGGGAAUAGUACCCCUCACUCAGGCACGGUGUUUCUAGUCCUCGUAUCGAUAUGCAGCUUGCUUGACGAGAGUCGCUUCCAGCACUUCAGGCCUGUUUUGGAUGUCUACAUUGAGGAACACUUCUCAGCUGCUUUGGUAUACAAAGGUCUUCUAUCAUCAGUGCAACAUUGCGCCGAAUGGGCCGCAGGCGCCGAAGGCCAAGAGCCUAUACGAAAAUGUCUCCGUUCUUUAGGCGCAGUAUUCAGACUAGCCGUUCGUUCUAGAAGGUUAUUCGCAAGAGCUACAGGAGGACAGUAUGAAGACAGCUUUAGGAGGGAUGUGAGGGCCGCUUUACAUGCCUUGAAGGCUUUAGCUCAUCAUCCACAUAGAGAACACUUAGCCCCGGCACAGGUGGCCCUAAUGACGUCGUGGUCGAGCGUGGCGUCGGAGGUGGGGUCAGCUUUAGGCCCGGUGGAGGCGGCGCGGGUGUCGGGCGCCGUGCUGGAGGCGGGCGGCGCCGCCGCGCCCGCAGCGCUGGCCCGCGCGCGGCUCCUCGCGCACCAGCUCAUACUGCAGGGGCCGCUGGCGCAGGAUCCUGAGGCCCGCAACAUAGUCCUAACGACCGCCUGCCACCACCUGAGACUUCACCUCGCACGCCGCGAAGAGCUACCACAAUGCGCGGAAAUGCUCGGAGAGAUAGUCUCCUUAUUAUGGAAGAAAUACGACCCUGAACAACCAAAUGAUGAAGAUGAAUUAGACCCAGAUGUGGAUGUGUUGUGUCUGAAUACAUUGGAUAUGUUGGUUGAGACUGUGCUGCAUUUGAUUGGUGGGAAUUCUCCAGUGUUGGGUGCAAUGGUCGCUGGCCUCUUAGGCGCCAUGGAGCUCUUGAAGCCGGCACACUACCAGCGAUUGUGGAGCCACCUGGCGCCACAUCCGCAGGACCGCAAACCUCUCAAGGACUUCCUCAUGAGGUCCUUCCUCGUCUUCAGACAUCUAAUUGAACAGGAUGUUUUCCCACCUGAUUGGAUGGUGCUUCGCGUGCAAAUUUGCAAAGUGCUACUGAAUGCGAUGCAAGAUUUGGCCAAACCUCUGCUCGAGAGGUUUCUCGGAGAUGAACCACCUCAGUUUGAUACCCAGCUGUGGUCGGGCUACAUGGAGCUGGGAGUGGCGCUGGUGACGGCGGGCGCGCUGCAGCCGGAGCGCUGGGCGGGCCGCGGGCCCGACCGCGCGCGGCUGCGGGCGCAGGCGGGCCGCCAGCUGCUGGCCGUGUGGAACACGCUAGGGCCAGCACAACUUCACCUAAUCGGCGUAGGCGUAGGAGCCCUACUAGAAAUAACCCUAGUAGGCUCCUUGCGGCGUGCGGCAUUAGGCUCCCUAGUGGCGCUGAUGGCGUCUGAGAGGGCUGCCGCGGGCCACGCCAGGAGGACUGAAGCUGCGUUGGUGGACAAACUGGACUCUUUGGUGGCUGAGAAUAAGGCCGAUGACCAUUAUCGAAGACUCUUUGACACUGUGGAGCACUUGAGUUCUGUACUGAUGGAGCGAGUGUCAACGGAAGGGUGGCGAGAAGCUGGCGCAGCGUUCGUGGGCUGCGUGACGAGGCUGCUGGAGCGGCUGCUGGACUACAGGGCCGUCAUGCAGGGCGCCGAGCACCGCGACAAGCGGAUGGCGGCCACCGUCAACCUGCUGAAUUUCUACAAAAACGAAAUCGAUCGCAAGGAAAUGUACCUGCGCUACGUUUACAAACUGCACGACCUACAUAUCGGAUCUGAGAAUUUUGUUGAAGCCGGCUGCACUUUACUGCUUUAUGCAGAAACUCUGAGUUGGGACAGCGAUCAAAUCGGAGUCGACCUUGAAUACCCUGAAACGCCAGAGUGGAAGAGGAAAGAGGCUCUGUACAAUCAGGCGCUACAAUACUUCGAUCGCGGAAAGUGUUGGGAAAAAGGUCUGCCUCUACUUCGCGAACUAGCAACGUUAUACGAAACCCGCCUCUGCGACUACGCUCGUCUCGCACAUUGUUUACGAAUGCACGCCUCGUUUUUGGAUUCGGUUCUCAACGAUCUCAGACCGGAACCGGAGUAUUUCCGUGUCGGUUUCUAUGGGAAAGGUUGCCCGUUGUUUGUUAGGAAUAAACAGUUCGUAUAUCGCGGCCACGACUACGAGCGGAUAGGCGCGUUCACACAGCGGCUGCAGUCAGAAUACAUGGCGGCCCACAUUCUGAUGAGGAAUACUCCGCCUGACGACUCCAUCAUAGCGGCUGAUGGACAGUACAUACAGAUCUGCAACGUGAAGCCGGUCCCGUCGCGCAGGAAUUGGCCCGCGGGUGCGCCGGAGCAGGUGAAGCGCUUCUACGCGUGCAACGAAGUGGACACCUUCCUGUGCGACCGUCCGCUGCACAAGCCGCCCAUAGACAAGGACAACGAAUUUAAAAGUCUGUGGAUCGAACGUACCACUCUAGUGACAGAGAACACGCUUCCCGGAAUACUGCGGUGGUCUGAAGUUGUAUCAAGGUCCGUCGAGGAAAUCCCGCCUGUUGAAUUCGCAUGUGAAACGAUGGAGUCUACAGAGCGCGAGCUUCUUAGCUUGAUCUCACAGUACACGGCCGACCCUACGCGGAACAUCAACCCCUUCUCCAUGAGGCUACAGGGCACAAUAGACGCAAACGUGCAAGGCGGCAUAACGAAGUACGAGCAGGCGUUCCUGUCGGCGGAGUUCGCGCGGACGGCGACAGCGCGCGCGACCGCGGCGGCGGCGCGGCUGCGACGCCUCGUGGCCGCGCAGCUCGCCGUACUCGAGGCUGCGCUCGCGCUGCACGCGCGCCUCGCGCCCGACGACGUCAAACCUUUACACAGGCGGUUAGUGGAGCGAUUCAACCAACUGCGACAGAACUUAGGGCCGGGAUUAGCUCGUGCACGGAGACAGCUUUCUGAGAGUAUUGUCAAUACACCUUUGCCGCCUGUACCAGCAUUGGAUAAAAGAUCUCAAAGUAUACAACAAACUGAAAACUUAUAUGAAGAUCAUUUGUACAACAGACCUAUUUAUUCAGUAGAAGAGCCGGCGGAGCCGAGCGUGAUGUCAGCCAGCGCGCCGCUGCGCGACAGCCGCUCCGACCACGCCAUGCCCAUGGUCAAGUCUGCUUGCGUCUCCUCGAGGGACUCUCACCAGUACAGGGAUUCCAUGGACGGAGAAAUGGUUGAAACUCGUCGCCAUAGCCGAGCUUCAUGGAGCGAGUCCGGCGAUGCACCGCCAUUGCCGCCGAGGAUUUCAGGAGACAAGAAGUCAUGGUCGGAGGCGCCGCCAGCCGUGCCGCGGCGGUCGUGCCGCGUGGAGCCCGAGCGAGGGGAGGACGCGCGGGACUCCGGUGUUUGCGUCGACACUCACGCCUAUACCAACGCUGAGGAGCAGCGGCACCUUAACAAUGAUCUGGAUGUGGCAGUGGAAUCACUCCACUACGAAAUAAUAUCGAUGAUGGCGGAACCACUGCGCGUGGAAGAGGAGACCCCCCCUCCGAUCCCCCCCAAGGGGCUCGGACAUCUCAGCAGCUUUGACUCUGGACAUCAUGAGAAUGGCGAGUCACAUUGUUAAUACGUUUAAGUUUUUAAACGAUAACGGAAUUUUUAAACGAUAAAUAAUGAAAUAAAUGAUGUCAAGUAAGAAAUUGAUCUUCGGUUAGUUCAAUUUGCUUGGGAAGAUAUUGAGAUAUCUUUGGAUUUUAACCAAUUUUAUGCACCAGUUUAGCUACGGAAUUUUGACUUGUGUUUAAAAGCCAUAUAUUUGUUAGUCUGUGUGAUUGAUGUGAUUCGCUCUUUUGUUAUGCUCCUCAAAGUUCAAGAAAAUGAGUUCUUAAUUUUUUAAAAUAUGAUGCAAAGUUAGAAACGCGACAUCAUUAAAGAACAGAAUUAAACAACUAUCAGUAACUAAACAUAAGGCUUUAAACUGUCAGGCGGCAUGUAAACGGUCCAUCAUAUGGCGCAAUAUGAAUGAAUGACAAGGAUACUUGACCAAAUAGGAAAGUUUUAUUUUCUCGUCAAAAUUAUUCGACAGGAACUACUCUUUUACUUAGUUGUUCAAUCAUAUCGCACAAUAUUGAGAGUCUAGGGGCCGCCUAAGCCUACAUCUACAAAGGUUUCGUAGCAAUUAGCCUUUACAACGUAUUGCGUACAUUAUUUAGUAGGCGCAUUCAUGUAAUUAAUAUUUAAAUAGUUUUAGCAUUUAAUCUUUAUUUAGUAGAUGCAUAUCAUUCCGUCACGGAAGUUAAUUUUAGCUAAGAAUUUUAGUAAUAGUUUAUAAAAAAUAUUCAUUUUAUUUAUUUGCAUUUUAUUAAGUAUCGGGGCCAUAAUACAGGUGAUAUAGUGACAAACAAAAUAACAAUAGUGUUUAAUUUAUAACGUACAACACAACAUAGUAAAUAUGUGGUUUUAGCUUCUAUGGCAUUUAAGACAUAUGAGAGUUUUUUUUUAUUAUUUGAUCAUAGUAUAGGUAGUAUUUUUUUAAUGAAACGUUUUUAAAAUUUAUGUUCAUUGGGCACCAAAAAUAUUUUUAACCAAUAAUAUAUUAGGUAGGUAUUUUGUUGUCAAUUUGUCUAAUGAAGCGAUUUGAACCAGGAAUUGCUUUUUAUAAAUAUAAUAUAUAUGUGGGCAAGUAUUUCAAUUACCCAUAUUAUUUGAAUAUAUACUAUUCUAAUUUUAUUAGAUGAUUUUUGUGAUUUAUUCGAAAUUAAUAGAUUCCUAUAAUAAAGUAUUAAAUUAAUAUUAAUAUAAUAAUGAUACAAAAUUUAUGGCUAAUAUGGUCUUUUACAUAAAAGUACAUAUAAUUAUUUUAUUCGAUGCAUUUAUAUUUGCGAUUUUAUGAUAUUUUUUAUUCUAAUUGAUUUCGUCAUCUUUCGCACGAGACGACCACUAGAUUGGCUACCAAUCACAGAUUGACCACUAGAUCUGAAAUACUAAUGCUUAUUACAAGUGGCUAUGAAAAUUAUUGUUUCGUAGUUUUAUAAGGUAUAUUAAUAACAUCAUCAUUCGCCUACCCUUAUCCCACUUUAUAAGGGGUCGGUACAUGUAGGUAUUCUCCACUUCUUCCUGUCUGAUGUCAACCAAUCUGCCACAUUCCUCUUAGGGUGAAUUUCACGACUAUUUGAACGCGGCGUGUAGCGUAUUAGUGUCGCACAUUUUUAGAAUACAUACAUAUAGAAUCAUUUUUAAAAAAAUUAAACAUAAAAUUUACAUUGUACCAGUACUUUACUUAUUUAUAAAAUAGCAUAAUAAAAUUGAUUACUGUGUAUGGUACAAUUUAAUAAACACUAAUGACAAUCGUCGUUCAAAACCCUCGUGAAAUUCACCCCUUAGCCUUAUCGUACCUGUUGCUCUCCAUCCAUCUCUUCUUCGCCCUAUUAUGUUUCUUUUUCCAUUCAAUUUCAUAACCUAUACUCUUCUUUAUACAUUGUUAUUCUCCUUCCUUCUCUCAACGUGCCCACCGAAGCCUAUUAAUUUCCAAUUUUUCUUUACAAGAUUUUCUUUAUAACACGACCAUAUUACCCUCCUGUUACCGUUUCACCAGACUUGUUGCUUCAUUACGGUUAGCAAUUGCCAAUAUAAGUAUGCCGUAAUAUUUAUGUUUCUUGAUUUGCACACCAUACCAGAGCGUAGACGUGACUUUGUCGACGCCAUUUCUAGAGUAAAUGUGGCCGAGUUAUAAAGAUUUACAAGGAUUUAUUCAAAAAUUACCCGCAAGCCUUAGCCGAAGUCGACGUCCCGUGUGCGAGAUAUUUUCGAAAUGUUAUUACGUAGUGUUUAGUCGUAAUUACUUGCUUUAUAAACGUCCACAUGAAUCAUAUAAAGCAGAACAUAUAAGACUCGUUUUAGGCUCAUAUUGAAUGUCGAUAUUAUAUAAAUUAAGUAUUUUUAUCAUGUAGUAGGUACAUAGUAGUAGUAUUCCUAUUUUCUCGUAAAACUUGUAGGUAAUUUUAUCUAGUAUAUAGAUUUUUUUCAAAUUUAUGCGCUUGAUCAAAGCAUGUCCAAAUAUAUUUUCUUCUUGAUUCAGAAAUAUACUUAUAAGUCGUGUCAGUGUAAUGUAUAUUUCGCGUAUAUAAUAUAUUAUCUAUUUGUACUGAAUAAUUCACAAAUAAUAAUCGUGCUCACAAAAUUGAACACUUUUCUAUCUAAACUGAAUCAUAUUAUUUCCAUUAAAUCAGUAGAAUUGAUACACAAUAUAUAGAUAUAAUGAAAUAUCGAUUUCCUCCUUUGCCGUUAGCUUUUUAAGCCUUUACGAAACGCCUCCGAUGUAGGUACCAUAAGUGGCUUCCUUCAAAAUGUCCAUUUUCAUAAAAGUUUCCAGUAUUCAAGUAUUGACUAAUGUAACCAAUAACAGGUUGCGAAUGAAAACCGCAUUCACUAAACAUCUGGAAUGGAUUAACAACCACAUAUUGAGUGACUUAUUUCAAUUAUUGAUGCAAGAUAUCAUCCCAUUCCCACGAUAAUAUCUCAUAUCUCUUCUAUAUCGGUGAAAGAUUAUGACUACGUGCAGCUAUUAGUGGAAUUCCUGACUAUAAACAUAACUAUGACGAUUUUACCCUACUUUUUACUGAGUCAAGAACGCCAACGCUUAAUUCCAGACUUUUUGUCUCCGCAAAUAGUUUCCUUUUUUGUGUAAGCGGUGGUAAUCACAAAAUGAUUGCGCUAUGAUAAAAAUGCGGUAGCGAGUGCAAUGAGAAACUCGAGUAAUGCGAUAAUCGACAUCGCCUUAAGUGAAUUGUUAGCUUUAUUAAGAUGCAACAAAAAGUGUAUUUAAAACUUCCAUUUGAAUAUUUUUAUGUACGUACUAUGGUAAAAGAGAGUAUGUGUAUAUGAAAAUAAUACAACAAUGAUUGGUCAAUAGACCGAACACAAAACGCUACAUAAUAUUAUUUUCCUCUCUAACCUAACUUUGAGGUUUGCAAAGACGUAGUAAUGAUCAAUACCUAGUAUGGUGUUUACAUUUUUGACAAAUGAAUUAAAUAAAAAUAUGUACGUAUUUAGUUUCUUAUAUUUUUGUUUAUUUUUUAUAACUACUUCAUUGUUCAGUUCACUGUGAAUCUCCAACAAGCGUGCAAUGUAAUAAAAUAAGGCUAACUUACAUAAACUUUACUUUUAAGUUUUCAUAUGAGAUUCAAUAUGGCGGUCCUAACUAGUAAUAUGAAGGUGAAACACUAAUGUAAUGUCACUUUAUCUACUAAAAUAAUGCCAAAUUUCGUCCCUAAAAAUGUAACCACAGGUCAUCUUUAUAAUUUUAUGCGUAUCCUUACUCUUUUGAUUAUAUUUUAAAGGGAUUUUUGAGAGGUGAGUUUUUUUUAAUGUAUCAAAUUACGAUUUGUAUCAAUGAUCUCAUUUUGGUUUCGCGCAAGACCUUUUUCAGGGAUUUGAAAAAAAAAAACAUAAAUUACAUUACCUCAUAUACAACGCAGUAACAAUUAAUGUUUAUAAUCUAAACUAAGCAUUUUAUUCAUCGUUUAAAUUUUUCUAUUCAAGUCUUACCAAUAACCAAGUGAUAUUUUUGUAUUUUUACGUAGUUCUUUUAAACUAUAACUUUAGGUAUAAGAACCAUAUUUUCAACGAACAAUUUCUUGAAGAUUUUACAACAGUUUUAUCUGUUUACUCGUAUUUACUACAUUGUAUACUAUUCAGCAUGUUAGAUAGUUUUCUAUUUGGACUUGAUGCACAAUGUCGCUUUCGCAAAACGCCAUUUCCGAAUUUGACAUUUUGCGAAAGUGAACGAAUUUUUCACAAUGACGUUUUGCGAACGUGACGUUCAGCGACAAGACCUAUUUUAACGAUAAUGUAGUUGUGUUGAUAUUGAUAUUAUUAGUUGUAAGCUUGGACACUAUUUUUGUAUAAAAGGUAGCUACAAUGGCCGACUGUCAAUUGAACAUUAUAAUUUUUCGCCACGAAUGAUAGGAAAUGUUGUGUGUAAAUGGCGAUUACCUUUUUAUAUUUAAAUGUUCGGUUAUUUUAUAAUUAUUAACGAACUGUUUUCGUGAUGUUUCUCUGCAAGAUACAACUCCAUUUUACAAAUAAUACCUGAUUUAAAUUUGUAUUUGAUUUUUUCUAAUUUUUAGUAUAUUUUAAUUUGUUAUACAUUUUGAACUAAAACGGCGUUUCCCCAUUUUAAAAAUCUGUGUUUAUUUAUUAGUAAAAUAGUGAAAUCUUGUUCCUUGCUCAUUCCUACUUUACAUAAUUUUAGAAUUGUACUUUAGAUUUUGUAAAAUAGUGUCUAGCCAUACAAGUAUUAAGUUACCUAAGUUUGAAUGGAUUUGACUGAUUUUAAUCAUAUAGUUUAUUAUGUGUCUGAUAUUGGGAUUGUAUACUUUGUGUUAAUGUUACAUAUUUCUCACUAGGAUAGUCUAACUUGUUUCAUAUUAUAUUUUAAGGCUCGUCUUUGCGAUGUUAGCUUGCUAUACAAAUUCUGACUUUAUUUGAAACAAUGAUAAUAUUGAUCAGGAUAAAUUACAUUACAUCGUCUUCCAAUAAAAAAGUUUUCCAGUCAAUAUCUUGAGACAUCAUUACCAACAUCAGAUUAUAAUGAAUGAACAUCGCAAAGCGUUAUUUAAUACAAUGUUUUAUAAUUAUACCAAAAAUUCAGCAGCUAUUUUUAUAAAAUAUAAUAUAAAUUGUAUUAUUAUUUAAAUCGGGAUUAGUCAAGGCUCAAUUCGUGCUAUUUCUUAUUGAUCCGAUUCUUCCUACGUGGGAUAGAGAAGUUUAGAUUUUCGCCAAAUGAAAUUGAUCAGUACAAACGUGUAGCGGAUUUAGUACAAUCUAGCGGAGAAGAGUAGCCAUUUAAAGAUAUGUAUGUAAAUGGGCGAAUAAAAAUAUUUAGAUGGUGAUUCCAUUGUUUUUUUUCAGUAUCUUAUAAAUACUAAACCAUGGAAUUAGUAGGUACUCCGUUACUAAUUCCAUGUACUAAGCAUCGCAAGGCUGUCACUUCAGCUGUCAUUUUCUGGACAGUAA